UAGGUGAGGUCACACGUAAACACAUGGCCGUACGAAACAUUUUACCGUGUUACAUUUUUGGUGGAAGAAGUAUAGAGCUUUAUACACAUUCACGCAAUGAAAGUUAAAGUCCUCUCCAGGAAUCCGGACGACUACGUCCGUGAGACGAAGUUGGAUAUCCAGCGUGUACCAAGAAAUUACGACCCGUCCCUCCAUCCGUUCGAGGUGCCAAGAGAAUACACCCGUGCCCUGAAUGCCACCAAGCUGGAGCGCGUGUUCGCCAAGCCGUUCCUGGCUUCUCUGGACGGCCACAGGGAUGGGGUGAACUGCAUGGCCAAGCACCCUAAGAGCCUCUCCACAAUGCUGUCCGGCUCCUGCGAUGGAGAGCUGAAGGUGUGGAAUCUAACCAAACGUGAGUGUGUUCGUACACUCCAGGCCCAUGAAGGCUUUGUCAGGGGGAUGGUCGUCCGCUUCUGUGGCACCUCCUUCUUUACGGUUGGUGAUGACAAGACUAUAAAACAGUGGAAGAUGGAGACUCCUGACUACGGAGAGGAAGAGGAACCUCUCAAUACUAUUCUUGGAAAGUCUGUGUUCACUAGCAUCGACCACCACCAGAAGGAGGGGGUGUUUGUGACGUGUGGCCAGCAGGUGGACAUCUGGGAUGAGCAACGCAGCAGCCCCAUCCGCUCCUUCUCCUGGGGUGUGGACAGUUUCAGCUGUGUCCGCUUCAACCCUGUAGAGACUGAACUUCUAGCAAGUUGUGCCUCUGACAGAAGUAUUGUCCUGUAUGACAUGAGGGAAGCGACACCUCUUAAAAAGGUAAUCAUGAAUAUGAGGAGCAACACUUUGUGCUGGAAUCCCAUGGAAGCUUAUAAUUUCACCUGCUCUAAUGAAGAUUACAAUCUGUAUACAUAUGAUAUGAGGUACCUGGACAAGCCUUUCACCGUCCACAUGGACCAUGUCUCAGCUGUGCUGGAUGUAGACUACUCUCCAACUGGUAAGGAGUUUGUCUCGGCCAGCUUUGACAAGACCAUCCGCAUCUUCCCCAAAGACAGUGGCCACAGCAGGGAGGUGUACCACACCAAGCGCAUGCAGCACGUCAUCUCCAUAAAGUGGUCGUCAGACAACAAGUACAUCCUGAGUGCUUCAGAUGAGAUGAACAUCAGACUGUGGAAGGCCAAUGCUGCUGAGAAGUUGGGAUUGCUGGCUCCUAGGGAGAAGGCAGCUGUGAACUACAGCCAGAAGCUGAAGGAGAAGUUCCAGCACCACCCUCAGAUCCGCCGCAUCUCGCGCCACCGCCACCUGCCCAAGUCCAUCUACAGCCAGAGCAAGGAGCUGCGUGUCAUGAAGGAGGCUCGCCGCAGGAAGGAGAGGAACGUACGCAAGCACAGCAAGCCUGGCUCCAUGCCCGUGGUGACGGAGAAAGAGAAACAUGUGGUCACCGUUGUGAAAUAGGACGCCAGUGACCGUGUGGCGUUGGAGGACUGAAGGACUACUCUGCCUCUACAAACACUUGGGCCACGUUCAGACAUACACAGCUAGUUUGCAAAAUGUCGGUAUGUUUCCCAAACUGGAUUUCUGACAAACCUGGCCAGUUGGGAAAGAUACCAGAAUUUUGCAACCCUGCACACAAUGUUGUGGAUCGUUUCAGUUAUAUUCAUGACAUUCUAAUCUGCAAUGUUCAAAAGACUGCACCCUCCUGAACACACACCCCCUGAACACAACCCUAUCUAAAACUUUGAAAGAAUUCAUUCCACCUCUCCAAGGCUUGAUUACAAAAGAGAAAUAUGGGUCAAUAUUUUGAAGUUUGCUGACAUAAGUGUCUCAACUGUCAUGGUAAAACUUUGUACCCCCAGAUGAAGAUUUCAUGAAUGCUAUUGUUGGAACAUUAAUUUGGGGAUGAUAUUGUAUAAGAAUACACUAGAAAUCAAGAACAACAUGCGUCAAAUAUCACCAGAAAGUUUCUAAAAUAAACUAUCUUGAAAAUGUUUGUCCUCCCUACACCACCACAUACAUUCAGCUAUUGUUUACUGAUUCAGUAACCUUAGAUUGCAUGAUGCUGAUUGGUUGACUAUAUUGACAGUGAUUUUUGUAUUUGAUACACUGCUAAUAAAGAUGUGGUAUGAUA